CGGCCCCCGGCGCGGGCUCGGCCGGUGGCAGCGCCCGGGGACAGAGCCCGGUGACCGCGCUCGGGGAUAACGCCGGGGAGCGACCCUUCGCACCGUCGCGGUUCCGCCCGCCCCGGGCCUGCCUCCCGGCGUGCCCCGCACUGGGGUAAAGGUCGCGGCGCCGAGGGGCGGCACUGGCUCGGCGGGGACGCAGCGCCCCGGCCCCGGUCCCGGCCGCGCUCCUCACCCGGUCCCGUGUCCUCGCCCACCGCCGCCAUGGCGGAGCAGCCGCAGCCCAUCAGCCCCCUGAAGAACUUCUUCGCCGGCGGCUUCGGGGGCGUCUGCCUGGUGUUCGUGGGCCACCCGCUGGACACCAUCAAGGUCAGACUGCAAACUCAGCCUAAGCCACAGCCUGGCCAGCCCCCACUCUAUUCUGGGACCUUUGACUGCUUCAGAAAGACUCUUGUUGGAGAGGGAAUCCGAGGCUUAUAUAGAGGAAUGGCAGCUCCUAUUGUCGGAGUGACACCCAUGUUUGCUGUGUGCUUCUUUGGAUUUGGCUUGGGAAAAAGACUCCAACAGAGAAAACCCGAUGACGUUUUGACAUAUCCUCAGCUGUUUGCUGCUGGCAUGUUGUCAGGAGUGUUCACUACAGUAAUCAUGGCUCCAGGAGAGAGAAUCAAGUGCCUUUUACAGAUCCAGGCAGCUACAGGUGAAACUAAGUACAGUGGCUCUCUGGACUGUGCCAAGCAGCUGUACCGCGAGGCCGGGAUUCGUGGGGUGUACAAGGGGACGGUGCUCACCCUCAUGAGAGACGUCCCGGCCAGUGGAAUGUACUUCAUGACGUACGAGUGGCUGAAGAACAUUCUGACCCCUGAGGGAAAGAGUGUGAGUGACCUCAGUGUGCCGAGGAUCCUCUUUGCUGGGGGCCUGGCUGGCAUCUUCAACUGGGCAGUUGCCAUUCCACCAGACGUGCUGAAAUCCCGUUUCCAGACUGCUCCUGCAGGAAAAUACCCAAAUGGCUUUAGAGAUGUGCUGAGGGAGCUUAUCAGGGAGGAAGGAGUUGCAUCUCUGUAUAAGGGCUUCACAGCUGUGAUGAUCAGGGCAUUUCCUGCUAAUGCGGCGUGUUUCCUUGGUUUUGAAGUUGCUAUGAAGUUUCUUAACUGGAUUGCACCCAGUCUAUGAAGACUAGAAAGUCUGGAAAUGAGAGAGGAGAAGGAAGAGAGUGCAAGUCUGCCUCAAAGGAAUAAAUGAAUGAUCACUUAACAUUUCAGGAAUGAUUGUUUGCCUAAUACCUUUUUGCCUUCCUCACAUUCUUUAGGUGGUGCUAUGUGCCAUUCAGAAAUGCAAGCUGUAGCUCUGAAACAGAGUUGUUGAGGAGUUAGAGGUGAUAGACCAUCUUCUGAGCCAAUGUACCACGGCAGUAACACUGACAACAGGCAGCUGUCACUGUCACACACGCUACCUUAAGUACUUCCUCAUGGAAGAAUGGGACACAUCUUAAAAUGUAAUUCUUUAUUUACUGAAGAAAAAUGUAGCUAUUAACACUGAAAAACUUCCUUAAAAUAAUUGUUUGGCAGCAGGUAUUUAACUCUCAGGGCAUAUGUCAGCAGCUGUACAUGCUGGUGUCUGCAAGCAAUGUCAGCCAGUGUUCUCAUCUCCUGUAGUUUUUCAGUUGUGGCUGUUUCUCUGUUGACAGUGGUUUUAAUCUUCUGUGAAUGUACAGCAGCAAACACAGAACUCAGCAGGGGAGGCCAGAGCUACGUUUCAGUGGGUUGGGGGGUGUUGCAGGUACCGUAUCAGGUCUUGCACACUGAUCUUUUCUGUGGAACCAGGACACGAAAUGCAUCAUGCUUAACAUUUGUAGUGAGCUUUACUGAGGCAGCCAGUGGGGAAAUGUAUCUGAUUAACCUGAACUUUUCUCUGAAAUCCCUCUCUGUCCCACUGAAGAUAGCCCAAAUGUGAUUUCAAAAGUACAGCACGGUUCAUAGUGACCCAUGAUAUAUUUGAUUAAUCAAGUACUGUAUCCUAGGAUUCAAUUCUUUACAUUGAUCUGAGAAAAUUUAACAGCAAGAUUAUCCAAGAGCUGAAUAUCUCUGACACGAGGGGGACACAUUGAAGGGGUUGCUGGCUCUGCAGUCUUGUCUAACUUUAUUCUUUCUCCUUUUCCUUGUUUUUCUCUUAAUAUUAUUAAACAUAAUCCCAUUUUCAUUUGAGAAAUGACUAAUACUGAGAAGCAAAAAACAACUUUUAAUUUCUUUUGUUUGUGAUGCAGUGUUAUUGGAACUCAAUAAAGCUAACUGCUGCUUGGCUAGAA